GCACAGUGAUGACGUAUCACGCAUGCUAGUACUGUGUGGCGAGCUUGUUAUUUUUCGUGGAGGGCUCAUUUGGCAAAAGUGUUGAUCGUAAAUCCAGAAUUUAGAAUUUCGAUAAAAUGGCUUUUCACGACGAUGAAGCUGUGCAUCUCGGACCACCUGGUCAAUCAAAGUUGGAGAGCUUCCUGUUCAGCUGCGAGUUAUCCUCUAAAGUACCCUUCUACACUUUCCAAGAAGAUGAAGAUGAAGAUGAGGACCUGGAGCACUUUGUUGAACUCAGAACAGUUUGUCUGGGUCAAGGUGCCAAGGACGAGAGCAAUGUGGUGGAGGUAACAGCCAUGAACCACCAAGGAAAGACUACAUCAGUGCCCAUUGCCAAUCUUCACAUCAGCUGUCUGCCUAUGGUGAGUCUGGGAGAGUUUGAGCUGAAAGCCCCAGUGACCAUCAGACUCAAAGCUGGGACAGGACCAGUUAUUGUCAGUGGGCUGCACCUUAUUGCCUCACAGGGGGAAGACUCUGAUCUGUCUGAGAAUGAUGAUGAGGAGGACUUUUCUGAUGAUGAUGAGGAAGAGGAUGAGGAAGAGGAAGAGAUCCCCCCCAUUAAACCAGCAAAGAAGAAACAGAAGCAGUAGAUGGGGAGGUCACUGAUGAGUUUUUUUUGUUUUGGAAUGGACUGAACAGCACAGUGCCCUCACCUCUCCACUUGUCGGUGUCUCACAGCGAGUUCUCAGUCUUAGCAGUGUCUUUAACUGCACCCAAGACAUUCACUCAUAGAACUGUUUUUGCUAAUCAGUGCAACCUAGUGUUUUGUAUGAUGCAGUCACCACUGACAAGUGGUGAAAAACAUUUCUUUUACUGCAGUUUGAAGAUACUGUGUGCAGUUUAGGACUGUGGUCCCAACUAAAUGGCGCAGUCAAGAUGAAUUAUUGACAAUUUAUUAAAUGUUUCUCAAGUAAGUAUCUUCAUUUCCAGGUGUUUGUACUUCUAAAAUGCUGUUUUUCUAUGUGAUGUCAAUCAUAAUGUGAAGAUUUUGUACUUCUACUGAAUGUGUCAAGAAAACAUUUAACAUUUUAUUUACCAUUUGAUUUCAUAUUAAUAAAACUGUCAUUUUUA